CAGAGAAGGAGACUCGCUGUCUCUCUCUGCGGUGAGAAAUUACCUAACGCGCUAGCGCUGCGACCCGUGUCUCUGUUGCUGUAGCCUUGAGAGACCAGCCAGCGAAGAAAAAAAGAGCCACCGAGGCAGACGAGAAGAAAGCAACGAACGCGAGAAUUCUUCUUCCCUUCCGGGGAUUCUUGUGUGUUUCCGGUGAACAUACACUCUGGCGGCCAGCGCUUCUGCCCUCCGGCUGUGAGGAGCAGUUUUGAGAGUUUUGUGUCGACGCGGCUCUCCUUGCCUUGGGAGUUUCUCGAAGCGCGAAGGAAAAGAAGAAGCAGCUACUCUUCUCUUCUAAUGGGAGGGAAGAUGCAUUGAUCUGCUCUCUUCUCUGUGGAAAUGCAGAGCUCACCGUGACUCCACUCUUUCUCAGAGAGGGGAGUGGAGAGACGAGGGCCAAGUAGCUGUAUCUCUCUCCCGUUUUUUGGGAGGGAGUUCCUUCGUUGCCCGGCGGAUCUCCAGGCGCCACCGACUGCCUUCUGGUCGGGCACCGUCUUCCUCUUCGUUUUUCCAGGUUUUCCUUCGUGUUUCUCGCUUUGUCGCUUUCUCGCUUUUCUGCGGCAAGAGAGCGUUCUGCGUCGCCGGGCGGCGCGAGGAAACACUGGGGAGAAGAAAAAAAAGACCUGUCCACACAAUACAGUUGUGGUCCCCGGAACGACCGGCAGACUCUCUUCCGGCUCGCCAGAGGCCGCUUUCUCUAGUUCUCAGUCCUGCGAAAUAUCCCCCUCAUGCUGUACCUUCAAGCUUCUCUCGCGUACUCGCCAGUUUCGUUCUGUCUGUCUACGGAUUUUCUGUGCUGUAAUGACACCGCGCUUCAACUUCCCCAGGGGGAAGAAGGCGGCAAAGACCUGCCUCCUUCCCCCUCCGUUUUCUCUUCGUCGUUCCUCUUUGCCAUCUCCUAAGCCUCUCUGUCCUUCUGUCUCCUUUUUUGUCUCUCCUUCUGUCGCUCCUCUGUCUCUUCAUUCUUCUUCGGGGCUUGCUGAGGAUUGCCACCCUGUCUCUUCUGUCUCUCCACCUGUGUCGGGUGUCUCUGGGUCUCGCGCGUACGCCCAAACAGCGAAGGGAAUUCCUUUUCUCUGCACACUCUUCCUCUUUCUCGACGUUCUGCUGAUUCUCAGCCUCUCCUGCUCUGCCUCACCUGACGUCUCCCCUCGCCGGUUACAGGAGGAAUUUGUCGGCAUUCCUUUUCUCCCUGUCUUCGCUCCUACAGAUCCUUUCCCCGUUUCGUCUUCCUCCUCUUCCUCUCCUUCUCCUUCUUCCUCUUCUCCUUCUUCCUCUUCUCCUUCUUCCUCUCCUUCUCCUUCUUCCUCUCCUUCUCCUUCUUCCCCUCCUUUAUCCUCUCCUUCUUCUUCCACUUUGUCUAGCUCGUCUUCCUCCAACUCGUCUGUGGAUUUUUCAUCUCUUCGGUUGUCUCCGGAGUCUUUGCCCUUCCCUUUGACUGCGGCUCUUGUGUCGUCCUCUGAAUCGCCUGCGCGCAGCUCGCUGGGUGAGGAUCAGCUUCUCCCCAUCCUAAGACCUCCUUUCGCUUCUCCUCUCCUUGUCUAUCGCGGAAUUGUCUUCCCUGCAGCUACUGCCGAGUAUCUAAAGGCGUCGCCUUCUUCCCCUUCUCCUCCUUCUCUUUCAUCAUCAUCUUUUUCUUCUUCGCCGUCUUCUUCGUUUUCUCCUUCUGCGUCUUCUUCUUCUUCACAUUCGUCGUCGCCAGCGAAGAGUCGCUUUUCGUCGGACGUGUCUUUGGGAUUUUUCGCGCCGCUGCAGAACCAGUUGUUUCCGGUGGCGGUUCCUGCUGCUCUCCUCGAAUAUAAGCCGGGGCGCUGUCCGCUAGGCGAGACCUCCGCCUGCGGCGGCAAAGGCGUCUCUCCCGGGGUGCCCCGCGAGCCAGCGUCGGAUCUCGCUUCUGCCUCUGUGACUGAGGCAGAAGGAAGAAAACGACAAGAGGAGAGAGAUGAGAGAGGGGAGAGAGAGGAGAGAGAGGAGAAAGAGGAAAGCGAGGCAGACGGAGAGGGAGGGGAAGGAGAAAAGGAAGCAGAAAAGGAAGGAGAAAAGGAAGAAGACGACGUUCAAGGUUGGGGUCCGUUCUUUGUUCGAGUCCGAGGUCUUGCUGAAGCUACGGAUCUUCAAAGAGAACUUCAGAUAGCGGAAGAUUCUGAGUUUUUUGCGAGCACGAACGAAUCGCAGAUUGCUUCCUUUUUCCUCAGAAACCACAGUGCGACUCCUCCCUCGCAUGCAGCCCAGAAGUCAACUCGGGAGGCAAAUCAAAGACUCCAGACGGACUCAUCCACAUACCCUUCCUCUCUGCACUCUUCAGGUUCCUCUUCGUCUUCUUCCUCUUCUUCUCCUUCUCCUUCUUCCUCCUCUUCGUCCCAUCCUCGUUCUCCCACAAAGUCUCCGGCUGGUCGUUUUAGCUCUCACCCAACCGAUUUUCUGCCUUCGUCGUGGACUUUCUCCUUGCCUGUGCCGCCUCGAGGCAGUUGGCGACUGGAGCAACCUCUUCUCCGCGCUCAGAAAAUCUUUGAGGACGCAUGCAUUGCUCUGUAUCGGCUGCCGUCUUCUUCGUCUUCUUCUUCGUCUUCUUCGUCUUCUUCUUCGUCUUCGUCUUCUUCUUCUCUUCCGUCUUCGGCUGCGGGAGGGGAAGAAGGGGAGGUGCCUGUGGGGGCGGCGUCGCGCCGAGAAUUACGAGCUGAAGAGGAGAGACAGACAGUUCCUUCUCUGUCUUCUUUCGAUGAUGAACGUCCCAGAGAGGGAUCGGAAGACGACAGAGACUUCCUUCCGACAUCGUGUGAAGAGGCGUUUCGCCGAUUUGACGGCGAACGAGUGGACAUCUCGAAGAACGAGGAGCGAACAGGAGAGUCACCUUUUCAGAGUUCCAAGAAAGAAGUCGACGCUUUCAAUCUGUCUUCGGUCUCGUGGCAGAUGGGGAAGGCUCCUGUCGUUUGCCAUCCCCUCAUUCAUAAGAGCAGCAUGCGCCAGUAUCUCUCUUUUCUCCUUCCUCAGGAACUGAUUGUGUACCUUAUUUCUCAUUAUGAUGUGAACAUACUCUCCAGCCCAGGCGACUCUGUCUUCUCUUCUUCUUCUUCGUCUCUUUCUUCUUCUUCUUCGUCUCUUUCUUCUUCUUCGUCUCUUUCUUCUUCUUCGUCUCUUUCUUCUUCUUCUUCGUCUCUCUCUUCUUCUUCGUCUGCCUUCUCUCCUUCCGUGCUAUUGCGUGCAGCCUCUCGCCGCCUCGCAGCUGAGUCGAGAGACGCGAGCCCGCGUAUCGCAUUCAAUUCCUCCUCCUUCCCUGCCUCCGCCUCCGUUUCACCUUCUCUUGAGGAAGAGGAGGAAUCGCAUGCAGUGCUAGAAUUGAGUGACGUUGUCGCUCCUCUCACAGAGGCGCCUUUUGCAACGACAUUCUCGCUUGCGGAGGAGACAAUUUCGCAUCGUCAGGGAACAGAAGCGUCUGCUGUUGAGGGUGUUCUUUCGGCAUCUGGAGCGCCCGAAGUCGCGAGAAGCGAGACGUCUUUGUCGGCCUGGCCAGGAGCAAGCGCGAAGCAAUCCGAGAAAAAGGACCGGAUAAGAGUGUGCUAUCGCGCCCCCAGUCCUGCGAGAAGAAACAGAGUCGUCCUGGCAGACCUCGCGGCGGAACAAGCAGACAUGUUCUUCCCCUAUGCGUCCUCGUCUCCCUCCUCUCCCGCGUCUGACGUUUCUCCAUCUGCUUUCUCGCGAGCAAGCGAUCGGCCGUCCCCAGAACUCCUGGAGAUUGGAGAGUUGAUCUUUCAUCGAGCUCCAGUUCUCGCGCUGUCUGCAGACGCCUCCUCGGCUUUCUUCCCUUGGAUUCCACCCUACGCAGAACCGCAAGUGGAACAAAAAGAAAACGGAGACAACGACAGGGCGAAAAGGACAAAGGAAAAGGAGAAAGGCGAUUCGAGAGAGGGCAAGACUGCCGCGUUCGGGAGAACCGCGUCCACUGCGUGGACAAGUUCUGCCUUUUUACGAGUGAACGAAAAAGAGACCGUUCGCAUGCGCCGAUUCAUCAAUGCCGGCUGGGAGUACGAGAAAGACAUUGAAGGCUUCAACCUAACGGCGUUCAAUCGCCUGGUACUGAAGGCGGUUCCGCGGCACUCGCGCUUCCACUGCCCAGGAUUUUGGGAGCAGCAUGCCUUUUUCGGCGACGCCCCGUCGGCCUUUGUGCCUGAGGAGAAGAACGCUACGGAUCCGACACCGGGAAUGCUUCGCUUCGAAAUGCGCGAGAGGUAUCGAGAGGAGAGCUCAAGUCACUUGUUCGACGGGGGCUAUAUUCCUUCCCCGACGCUGCGUACCUUCGCCUGCUUUUACGCGAACGAGGCAGAUCCUCAAGGCUUGCCUGUGGCGGAGGUCGUCUUCGUGAUGGACUCUCGCGACGCAGCGAUCAUCGUCUUGUUCGUUCUCAGUUUGGUCAUGGGGGUGCCGAUUUGCUGCGGCAUCUCGUUUUCCUGUCACACGCUCAAACAUCGCAGACUCAGGCGAGCCCUGCGCCGCCUGCGGCUCGUGCAGCAGCGGGAUGCGAUCGAGCUGCACCUCAUGCAAGAGUUGGGCGUCGCUCCUCACCUCGAGGAAGAAGACGAAGAAGAAGAAGAGGAAGAAGAAGCAGGGCAUUACCAGCAAACCGCGAAGGCAGGCGACGCCUCCAAGGCCCAAACGCACGCAGCGGUUAGGUGACAACAGAAGAGACAGCGAACGAGGAGAAGCAGAAGAGAGGCGAGAGAAGAGAACCGAGGCAGAAGGAGAGAAGAAAUGAAGAGAAAACAUGGAGAGAGAGAAGAAAAAGAAGGCGGUCUGUGACAGCACGAGGGGGGAGAACCAACACAGAGAAUAUUCUACAGAAGCGUCCUUUUUUCGAGCUUGCAAGGUGGAAAAACUCCCAUCGUCUCUCCGCUGUGCGCCUGUACAGACGUCUAUACUCCAUCUCUCUUACAUUCGUGCAUACAUCCAUAUAUUCGUAGAUGUUCAUGCUUAUCCGUUUAUUUGCAAGUCGACUCUAUCCUAUUGAUAUAUAUAUAUAUAUAUAUUCAUAUGCAUAUAUAUAUAUAUAUAUCCGAAAACUGAAGCUUUUUCCCACAGCUCUACGCGUAAAUGUUGUCCGCCGUCUAAAGAUGGCCGAGGCGAACGAACAUCUUUGAACUCGGCAACUGGGUGUGAGGAGGUUGGGUCGCGAGUCCACAGAAUUUCCGUCGUCCAUCGUGUGCCGUUCUUUCUUUCGAGAGAUCAGAAGUCGCGACGGCUUUUGAAACACAGACGCCUGUCAAGGUUUAGGUUCCUGCCAGACCUUCUCUGGCUGUGUCCAGCUCGAGGCGGUGUUGUCUCUGUCGUCGACGCAGGCGCGUCGUAUUCCCUUCGCUCGACAGGAACGUUUCUCUCGCCUCUUGCAUGUCUUUCGUGUCUCGCUUGCCGGCUGUCUGUCUCGUUUCUUUUGAAAGUCGUUUCCAGGGAAGGCUUUUUUGCCUCAGAGACGGAACCGUGUGUACUUUUUCGAAGCACUUGCGGGCAGAUCGCAGAAUCAACUGAGACAGCCAGGGGCGUCCCUCUCAUGGAACGGAGAGAGUCAGGACGCCUUCCGC